AUGACAUAAGAAUAAGAACAUAAGCACGAUCAUGAGCACGAUCAUGAACAUGAACAUGAACACGAUCAUGAAAAAUGCGAUUCUCAUAAACACGACAGUGAUUCAGGAGAUGAUGUUGAUGAUGGAAAGAAAGGAAACAGAGGAGAAAAGAAAUUCAAAAAAGCAAUGAGCAAAUUAGGCAUGAAACCAGUAUCAGGAAUAAACAGAGUCACUAUUAGAAAAGGGAAAAAUCUUCUUUUGUAUAUUGAUAAUCCUGAAAUUCUUAAAUCACCUGGAGUUGAUAAUUCUUAUAUAAUAUUCGGUGAAGCCAAAAUUAAUGAUUUCGCAUAAAAUUUGGCAUCAAAAGAAGCUAACAAAUUUAAAUCUUAAGCUCCUACUGAAGCUGCUUAAUAAGCAACCAAAGAAACUUCUACUACUAGUACUAGUGAAGGUGCUAACGAAACUAAUUUAGAUGAAACUGGUCUUGACCCUGAAUCUAUUAAGAUGGUUAUGGAACAUGGUAAAUGCUCUAAAGCUGAUGCUAUUAAAGCUUUAAGAGAAACUGACGGUGACGCAGUUAAUGCUAUUGUUAAAUUCUAAAGUUGAUUUAUUUUAAAUUUAUUGUUUUAUUUUUAUAUUUAUUUUAUUAAUGCUUUGCAUUUUUUUAUUAAAUUUAAUUUGAUUUUUACUUU